AAUCAAAUCUACCAAUAGAAUCCAGUUGGUUUGGCAGGGUUCACGCCAUUUUGAAUUGAGAUUGUGCGCGUUUCAGUUGAUAAUUUACUGUCUUGUGUAUAGAUUUGGAUAAGUUGGUUUGUGAUUUUUAGUGCUUUUGUAUUGUUAGAUAAGGCGGAUUUAAUAUGGGAGCCCGACAAUCCAAGAGGUCAGUAGAUAUAACGACUACGCCAAAGAAAGGCGAUGCCGAUGCAACUCCCGUCAGCGAGGAUAAAAUCGAGAAAUUAGGUGACGCCGAUGUUGUUGAGGUAGUUACGAAUGGAACGGCGGCGCAUACGGAUAUAGAAUUCGCGGAUAAGGAUGAAACGAAAGAUGCGGAAGUAAAGACUGCGGCCGAGGUGAAAGAAAACGGUCUAGUAGAAACAAGUGACGGUGAAAAAACUCCAGACAAAGAAGACGCAGCACCAGCUGCAGGCGACCAACCCUCAAAGUCUGUAGAAACUGCUGCCGAAAAUGGCGAGAAGGCAACUGAAACGCCCGACUCGAAAAAACAAAAAGAAAAAAAGAAGAAAAAAUGGUCUUUGAGGAGUAUAUCGUUUUCCAAAAAAGAUAAAUCGAAACCUAGCAAAGAUAAGGAAAAGAACGGAGAAGAAGAAGUAGUCAAUGAAGAGAAAGAAGAAGAAACGAAUAAGACAACAACCGAAACAGAGAAAAAUGAGGAUAGCAAAAACUCAGUGGAAGAAGCUCAAACUAUUGCCACAGAAGAAUCGAUAACCAAGAAUCCUGAUAUUGAGGAAUCAUCUACUACUAAAGACAAACCAGAAGAGGAAAAGAUUUCAGAAAAACCAAGUGAAGAAGCUGUUGUUAAAUUGGCAAAUGCAGGUGAGAGAGAAGAAACGGCAGACCUGGAAGCAAGCAACAAACCUGAAAAAGUAAGCGACCCAGUUGAAGAAAAAUCCACCCCACCCGUCAUCGAGGAAGUUAAAGAGGUGCGUAAUGAGGAGGUUCCUCCUCCCCUACCAAAUUCAAAUCCUCCCUCCCAGGUGGCGGUCUUUGCAGAGUCUUUAAAAGAUGAUAGCAUUUUGGUAAAUGAAAAAUCUCUUAUUACUGAAUCUCUUCUGGAACAGUGUAAAACUGUGGAGGAACCACCACAAACAGAACCGAUCGAAGUUAUCAAAUCUAAUGAUACAAUGGUUGAAGCGUCUGUAGAUAUUGAACCUCCUAAGCCCAAAGAGGAAUCUGUCAUUGACGUUUCUGAAGUCAAAUCUUGCCCAGACACAGAUACUUCUUUGACUGAAUCUUCUGCCAAAGUCCCAGAAAAUUCUAACGAAACUGAAUUUCAAAGUUCGAAUUCUCCUAUGAUACCUGAAAAUCAAUCUCCUGUAAACCAUCCUGAAACAUCAGCUAUUAUCUCUUCUGCAGUAGAAGAUAUUACAUUAGGAAGCGAAUCUUCAUUGCCUGAAAAUAAUCAGGAUCAAUCCGAUUUAGAACAAAAGUAUGAGACUGAAUCGAAUGAACAUGUUAAUUUAGAACUAUCUUCAGCCGGCGACUCUUCCCCUCUUAUAGUUGAAGCUUUAUCCAAAUCUAAUGCAGAAACUGCGCAAAAUGUUACUUCUAUUGAUUCUUUAAUAACAACAGAAAACAAUUCAUCAACGAAUCUGAGUGAACAACAAUCUGAAACAUCGAAUUUGGCCGAUACUGAUUUACAAGAAAUCGCAAAUUUAGAAUUUGAACGUGUUCCAAUGAACAUUGAAGACCAGGAAUCUGAGUCUGCUACGUCUGUUCCCGCAAUGAUUGAAGAAAAAGUACCUAUCGUUUCUUCAGCAGGUGAUGUGCCAAACCCACUUAGUUCACAAACUUCUUUUGAGUGUAAUGAUGGUCCUCUUCAAGAAUUGAAAUCUAAUCUUAAUCUAAAAGAAUCAUCAAUAUCCCAAGAAUCUAAUUUAUAUUCUGAGGAACCCAGUCUUGAUUUAUCAACUAUUCCUGAAACAGUAGAAUCUAGUGAAAUGAAAAUAGUAGAAGAAAAUGUAAAUAUUCAAUCUGAAUCAUCUUCAUCAAUUGUUAACGUAGAAAUUGAUUCGAAUGAAUUAUUAAACCCAGAAAAAGAUGAAAAGGGUUUGAUAAAUGUUGAAUCAAUAUCUCCUUUACCUCAAAAGGAAGUUGAACCAUUAUGUAAUGCAGAUUCAUUAGCUGAUCUUUCUACAGAAUCCCUUCCUUCUCUUCCUGAACCUACUGAUAGUGUUUUGGAACCCAUGUCAUUGCCACCCUUAGAUUUUGUACCAGAUCCACUAACUGAUGAUAAUGUCCCUUCUGAACCCAUUGUUGAAUCCCCCCUUACUUCUAAACCGAAUGAAACAGAACUUCAAGUCACCCUUACCAAUGGAAAUGCAACAAAUGGAAUGAAAACGUCACCGACUGCUGACAGUGAUGAUACGCCUCUCCCGCCCUCUCUUGACGGACCACUGAAACAGAUAAUUGCCCCGGAAAAUCCUGUUGAAAUAUGUGAGAUUAGUCAGUCGAAUGAAGUAAAUGCUGAUACUGUUGAAUCUGUACAGUCUGAGGCCCAAUAAACACCAGUUAAUAUUUUUUAUACAUAUUAUUUAUAUGAUUUACUGAUAGGAGUUGUAAGAAAAACCAGUGAACAGAUGAUCAUUUAGGCAGUGACUGUAAUUGACCAAGGGGAGUAAAAUCGUAACUGCCAUUAAAUCAUAUAUGUGUAGAGAUACAAGAAUGUCCAACAGCGCAAAUAAAAAGAGAAAUUAUCAAAAGUUUGAAUACUCUCUUAUAUAAAUAUUUUAUAUUGAUUGUAUUUAGUGGAAAAGAUUUUUGAAACGUUUUAUAUGUCGUUGAUUCGACUUUUUAUCUUAUACAAUUUGUAAAAUACCGUUUUUAGAUGUAGUAAUAGUAAUUUUAGAAAAGCUUUUAUGAAUAAAUUGUUACACCAUAAUUGAUCUGGGAAGUUUGGAAUUAAUUCAAUUAUUAUUUUUAUUCAACUUCCUAUUUCAAAUUACUUGAAAUCUAAUGAGUAUUUCUGAUUAUUCAUUUUGCUUUCCCCGUUAGUUUAUUUAUAACAGAAGAGCUUUAAAAAAAUUGUCAACAGUCAAAUUGUAUAUCUGAUUUACCGAAAAUUCUCCUCUUGACAGUCACAAUUUUUUUAGAGCUAUUCCAAUAAAUCAAAAAAUCAGAAUAUAUGUUUCAUUUUAUUCAGUCAUAAAUAUGGAAGUCGAUUUUUAGUACUGAAUGCAUUAUCCAAUCUUCAGAUAUUUUAAAGGAUGUUAUUUUACCAGUUCUCCUAAAAUUUCUAAUACUAUAUGGUAUGCUUUAAUGUAUCUACUGCUAAGGCAGCUCUUAUACCAUUUCUGAUUCAUUCCUAUUUGGUUCAGUGAGAAAUUUUAGCAAUAAUUGAUAUUUUCUGAUAUGUUUGAAUGUAAUAUUUUUUGCUCUGAAAGAUCUAUACAUCGAGUCAUCUAAUCACUAGAACCCAAAAAUGUUUCAUGAUAGUUUAAGAUAGAUUGAGAUUAAACGGAAACUAUAUUCAUGUUUUCAUAUCAUUUUGACCUCAUUAAAUUUUUAACUCACAACUUUUUGAUGAAUUUGUGUAUGGAAGAAAUUCAUCAAAAUGGUGUGUAUUAUAGUGUUAAUGUAUGUGUGAAUGUGUUUUAAAUAUAAAUAUAUAGAAUAGGGUGUUUA